GUUUUAAUCCCUCUUGGUAUAUAAGCGGUUCUGUUCGCUCACAAAAUUACAAAUCGGAGUUGAAACACACAUUUGAAGUUGUUACAAGCAAGCUCUUGAAACAUGGACGCGAAGAAAUUUUUCAUAUUGAUAGCAUGUUGCUUUGCUGCGACUUCCGAAGCCCUUCGUUGCAUUAGUUGCGAUAACGCGCAAAGUCACGACGACUGCAAGACAAACGGAAAAAUUGUGACCUGCCAAGAAAACGAACAAUCAUGUCAUGCUCAAGUACGAAUCCAUAGCGGAGUGACAAGAAUAACUAAAAGAUGUAAACAGCAGCACGCUUGCGAAAACAACGUCAAACAGAACACUAUGCCAUCAGGACCUUCAACACAAUGUAACUCCGGUACCGAGAACUCUGUUUGCCAUUGUUGUUGUUUUACCGAUGAAUGCAACCACUUGGAUGGCUGCAUUGGAACGCCUGUGACGGACAUAUUGCCAACACUUGCUCCAGACAGAAGAUCCGGUGACAAAUGUGAGACUCCAUCACCCAUUGAAAACGGUAAAUUUGAUUGUAUCGGAGGCAACAUAAUCGGAGGAUUUUGUAGUUAUACAUGCAAUCCAGGAUUCGAGUUGGUUGGAGAAAUCAUCACAACAUGUCUACCCGCCGGUGCACUUGGAUCCAUCUACCAGCCUUUUCCACCAGUUUGUCAGAGAACAACUUGCCCCUCAAACACGACGAUUUCUUCGGGUGCAGUUAGAGGGAAUUGCUCUGACGAGGACAAUAUCGGGAGCGUGUGCGAGAUUUCUUGUGAAGAGAGUUAUUUUCAAGUCGAUGAACUGAGCAUUAUAUGCCAAGAAAACGGACUGUGGUCUGAUUCUACUGGUUAUUGCUUGGAAAAAACUUGUCGCGUUCGAAAACCUCAAGGUCUGCUGUUCACGUCAUGUAGUGAUGAUAAUGACCUGAAUAGCACGUGUACGUUUUCUUGCCCAGCUGAAUAUGUUUUGAUAGGAGCCUUGACAUCUGUUUGCCGUGACGUCGGAACUCCAAUCGCGAAAUGGAGUUCGCCUAUGCCGAAAUGCAAAUUGAACAAGUGCAAAAGACGUCCAGUGGCACCCAAGCACGGUAUCAUACAAUGCAUGGGAGAUGACACGAUUGGAGAUAAAUGUAGAUUCUCGUGUAUAAAGGGUUACAGACUUAUCGGACAAAAAUCAACUACAUGCAUGGAUCUUGGAAAUGAUGGCGUCAAGUAUGUGCCGUUUAGUGCUACGUGCGUCGAGGUCAAAUGCGAACCAGUGAAACCGGAAGACCCAUUCAUGGGAACAAUUACCUCCUGCAGGGAAGGAAAUUUCUAUCAGAGUACUUGUGUGGCAUCGUGCAAUGCUGGUUACCACGCCAUUGGUUAUUUGACGUCAGAGUGCCAGGAGACAGGAAAAUGGUCAGAGUUUAGUGGAUAUUGUAAAGAGGUGCUGUGUAAUGAUAUCAAAACUCCAGCGUUUGGAGCUCGGGCAUGUACGUUUGGAGCAAUUCACAAACAAGGACAGGUCUGUGAGUUCAGAUGUUCAAAGAAUCAUAUUCUUGUCGGAGACAAACGAAUUACAUGCAUGUAUAAUGACAAUUCAGUUGGAAGAUGGACUAAUGUACCACCAACGUGUAAACGCGUUGAGUGCGAACCAUUAGAGGCACCUAGCAACUCAAGAAUCAAGUGCAAACGUGACUUUAAAGUCGGUAGUGUCUGCACAUAUUCUUGCGAUUUUGGAUAUUGGCUUGGUGGUGGAAAUGCCCAGAGGACAUGUUCUCUCCAUGACACUAUUCCUAAAACAGGUGUAUGGAAAGGAAAGGAACCUUUUUGCGCCCCAAUCACGUGUAGAAAUGCACCGAAGUAUUUAGAAUUUGGAACUGUCUCAUGCAACGGUGAUAAAGUUGGAAACAUUUGUAACUUUAAGUGCAGUGCAGGUUACACUAUGAUUGGAAAAAGAAAUUCUAUCUGCAAAAACUCUGGAAGUAAACAAUAUGGUGCCUGGUCGGAAUCAGUACCUACGUGCAAAGCUCUACAAUGCAAUGAACCUGGAAUUUUGAAGCACGGUGAAAUUUCAUGUUCUAAUGACACCGAUGUAAACUCAGUGUGUGAAUACAAAUGUUUGGAUGACGGAUUUUAUCUUUACCCACCAAAUUCUAUUCAAAGCACUUGUCAAAACAAUUUAAAAUGGAGCGUUGCCAAGCCUUGCUGUGCAAAAACUUGUCCGCCACAUGCCUUUAUGGAUUUAUUGCUUUUGAUUGAUUCAUCUUCGUCCAUCACAUUGCCAAACUGGAACAAAAUGAUUGAUUUUCUAAUCGGCUUCAUUUCAGAGUUCGAUCUUUCUCUCGACUCAUCUCGUUUUGCCUUUGCAAGAUACAAUUCUGAAGUUGAUGUAGAAUCGCAGGUUAACCUUGGUCAGAUCAGAACAAAUGAAGAAUUUAUCGAGCAUCUCAGAAAUGUUCCAUAUGACGGAAGUGGAACUCGUACCGGCAAAGCAAUUACAUAUGCAGCUACUAUUUUUGAUUCGCCCGAAAACAGAGAUGAUUCUCAUGAUAUGAUUCUUCUGGUAACUGAUGGACAACCACAAGACGAUGCUGUUUUUGCCGCUGAAUAUUUCCGAGCUGUGGCAAACAAAGGAAUGAUAAAAGUGUUGCCUAUCAAGCCUACCGGCCCAUAUGACGAAGAAGCUCUACUUGGUGAGAUUACUCAAAUAGCCGGAGGUGAAGAAAACGUCAUAAUGGACGCUUGGGAAAACGGAUUUGAUGAUCUGAACGUGAAAUUAGCUAAGAAGAUUGGAGAUGUUGUGUGCGGGGAUCCUUGCUAUCACGCAAAUAUGUAAAAUUGCCAAACAUGAGUACGGUUUCUAUUCUGUACACAUAAAGUUUUUAUAUAUACAUAUUUAAAUUUUACACCAUAUAUAUGUAUUGAACUAGAUUUUUAAUAUUGACCCACAGAAAUGAUUUAUUAGUCCAUAUUACCAAUUGUUUUCAUGCUUUUUUUGCUAUUUUUUUAAGGAUUGCCUUCUAUAUAUCAUUUUUAUUCUCUUUCUUUCAUUGUUGUUUAUCGUUAUUUGUACUUUAUAUAAAACAUUGCUUAAUGUCUGUAGCACUAAAUAAUCGUAAUUUUUUACUUUUUAUAGAAUCAAAUAUAUUAUCUUACUGGA